AUGCUCCGACGCCUAAAGUCGUUUGCUAGCGAGGACCAUCCGGGGCUAGACUUUACACGCCUGGCAGAUGACAUCUUUGAGACCAAAGGCCCAACCGGCCAGCACUAUUGUAUUGUAUCUAAGCCCCAAGGCACCAGUGUCCGCACAUUGCAGGAGCUAUGUCCAGACGCCAAGUUUCCAAAGCUUCUGGUUAAGUCAUUAGUAUACCACUUGUUGUUUUCAUUGAAUUGGCUACAUACAACCUGCGGUGUUGUACAUACAGAUAUUUCACCUCAGAACAUUUUGAUGAGCCUUCUUGGUGACACCACCAGCCUUAAGGAUCUUGAGGAGCAGGAGUCCAGGGACCCUAGCGUGCCUGUAAUCACAAAGGACAGUAAUGGGGCUGUUUCAAGCGUUGUCUACGAGACUCGGCCUCCCAAGCUGGGUUACUCCGGUCACCCCAUUCUUACGGAUUUUGGCCAAAUGCGACAAUUUGAUGAAUGCGUGCAUAAGGACUGGUGGAUGUCCGAUCUAUAUCGUGCCCCAGAGGUACUCAUGAAACUCCCCUGGAGUUUCCCCAUUGAUAUAUGGUCGAUCGGUGUCCUGACACUCGAACUCAUGGAAGGCAGAAACCUUUUUGACCCCGUAGAUCGUGUCAACAACCAAUACGUUAUUCCAUUGGCUCUGGCACAGUACAUAGGAUAUCUUGGUGAACCUCCAAGAGCGAUGCUUGCACAGAGUCCACGUCUCUAUGCCUACUUUGAUGAAGAUGUUUAUACUCACACAAGCGAAACGACAACAGGGGAGUAUAUAGGCGGGGCUCCGAUACCACAAACGAGUCUGGAAGAAUUUGUCACGGUCAUACCGCCUGGAGAUGAGAAGGAUAAAUUCCUUCAGUUCAUACGCAAGAUGUUGACAUGGGACCCAGAAGAGAGGAAACCAUCUAUCGAACUCUUGACGGAUGAAUGGCUUACAACGCCGGGUACGGAGGCUGACUUGGAUGAACUGAGAUAA